AUGAGGAUCGUUGGAGGGUUGCUUGGUCUUGCUCUCUGGAACGCGGGUGUGGCAGUAGCGCCCUCGGCACAAUAUCGGAUAGGUUGGGAACCAUGCGCACUGCAUUGCUAUCCCCUCGAAAGAUUUACGGAUACCUACUUUGACUACCUCGUUCCCGGCGGAUUCACGCAUGUGCGCAUCGAUGACAGACAUUGGACCAGUGGAUGUGGGAUGGUCGAGUGGAGCAGCGAUCGCGAGGCUGCAGUCCAACGGCCCAGCUGCUCGGCAAGAGAUGCACCGCCAGCAUACCCAAACACUGUCGACAAGGAGGUAGAGAUCUGCUGGAACGUCACGACCCCGACCCACAUUCCCUUUGUCGAUACCUGCUGCGAAAAGCAUUAUUGCAUGAAGACGAUCAUGGGCUACACGCCCAUUCGAAACAAGCGCUUCGAUCCGCCUGAAGUAUAUCCCAAGGUCCACUGCACAGCAAGCGGCCCAGAGUGUUACCGUAUUCCAUUCGGUGGCAUCGACAUCACUUGUCUACCCAUCCCGCCGGAUGAUCCAGAUCAGCCCCAUUGCUCAGUCCAGAAGCUUUACGCGCUUCAGUAG